UUAAAUAAAAAUUAUUAUUUAUGUGCUUAGUUUCUACCGUUCCCAAUAUCCAUGGGAACAAAUUUUGUUCCCCGCUUUCCUCACCGUAGCCUUUUGUGGCGUACAUUCUUUGAAUGAUUUCUUGAAAUAUAGAAUAUUGAUUAAAAUUUCAUCUACGUACGCCAUUUCUGGUUUACAAUGUUGGUAAUGAAAAAACUUUAUAAUUUAUGAAGAACUCUGGUUACAAAUUAUCGGGAGAAGUUGGUGAAUUUACGGACGUGCUGAUAUAUUGACGGGCACUGGUUUGGCUCAGUUUAAACAUGAAGUCACACAGAUGUGAUGGAGUUUCAACAGAAGCGCUCAAGACUUGCUAAGGGCCCCGCCUACCUAGGCACACAUACGGUAUGCAGAGUUUCAAGAAUAACCACGCGGUUUGAAAACUGCUCAAGGUAUUCUAGUGAGUUGUGUUUAUGAAAAUCAUUUAAGAUUACGCUGAGGGUGGAUGCCCGUUAUGUUUCCGUAUUUUUAUACGAGUGAAAAUGGUCAAAACGCGUGUUUUCAGAAUAAUGUUUAGACUUGAAACAUUCUGUACAGAUUCUUGAAAGAACUCAAGGAACUUUCAUUACACCGUUAUUUUAAUUUCUCCGCCAUCUAACAGUAUGGUUACGACUGGAAUCUUAUAAAUGUCCCGUGUACGACGAAAAUAUUGUGCGCUUUUUCAUAGACUUGCGCUUAGAGGCGAUACUACGCUAGAAGCACCAGCGAGCGUCGCACUUAUCAUCCCGCCACACUAACACGAUACACCCUUAACUAGGUCAAACACACUUGAUCCCUCUGAGUGCACGUUUGAGUAACCAGUUAUUUGGGACUACGAGAAGCCUUCGUUGAUUGUAGGCGCAUUCUUCAUUGAAAAGGACGUGAGUUGACCGUAAUUUCUAACAGCGUGCUUCGGAAGGAACCGCGGGCCUGCGACGCCGCGUGCAGUGGCGGCGGGGCUCAGAGGUCUGAUUGCCGAGGCUUCAGACCCGUCCACGGCAGUAUCUAGCAUUGGAGCAGUGUCGGCUGGUGAUCCUAUCACUUAUUCCACUGUGGCUCCCGGCAAAGCUACCUUCAGAUGAGUUCUACCAAGGCGAGGUCAUUUUAUUUAACACUGUUAUGAAAUGAUAGCGGGUAAUUUAAUACAGAUGAAAAAACUGCAAAAAAAUAUAAUACACGUAUUGAAUGACCCGUGUAUUGUUUUAAAAUUUUUACUAAGAUUUGUUUUUUAAUUUGUUAGUUACCACAACAGUAUCUUGACCGUAUUUAGUCACCAGCUCUUCGUCGUGUUUUUUUUUAUAAAUCUCUGUAAGAGUAAUGAUUUUUAACCAGGAACUGCACAGUGUAAUUUUUAAAAAAGUUAUCAAUGAACAAACAAAGAAAAUUGGUUGUCUCUAAAGUCGGUUUACGGACGAUAGUUUAACGUGUCAGCGUCAUUACAAAACAUUGAUGAAAUGAUUGCGUACUUUUAUGAAUAAAAUUGAAUCAUUUUUAUUGAAUUAUCAUUAUUUUGUAUGGAUACAAAGAAGGAGUGAAAUUAAGUCUACAAUUUAAUUGAUAAAUUUACUUUUAUUUGCACUCAUUAAUUCAAAUAUGUUUAUUACUUUAACGAAGAGAUUAUUUUAACUAUAACUUUUAUACAUGUUUGCUAUUUAACUUCUUCAAAUCUGUGUUAUUCUGUUAAGGAUAGGACGAUGAUAGGAAAAGUAGGAAACGAAUGGGAGUGUUUCAAGUUUAAUGUGCCUCGAAAAAGUGAAAUCGAUGGUGGUUCCAAUCGAGUGGAAGAGAGAUACAUGCGGCACAAGCGUACAAUGAGCGUAACGGGACACAACGUAACGGGACAAUGUGUGUAACGGGACAACAUAACGGGACAAUGCGCGUAACGGGACACAUUUUCGUGCGUGCAGCCGCCGUUCAUCGAUUUAUUAGACGUCACGUCAAAAAUAUUUCGAUAAAUUGCAAAACAGGAGAAAAUACUGAGGAACAGAGGUGACGUUAUGGUAACCCCCGCCUGCAGGAAUGUGUUUAUUAGCGUGACGGGUACAUCGGUGUGGAACUCAAGUUCGAGAAUCGGGCGCGCGUCGCUGUCUAGCAGUGCGCAGCACACGGAGAGUCCUCAGCCAAGUUGCAACCGUCUACCCCUAGUUCAACUGUAGUGUGUGUUGUUGCUUGGCUGGUGGUUUCUAGCUGUGUCAAAGGUGGAGAUUUCACGGACGUUCCGGUCGAAAUUGUAGUCGCCAUAUUCAGGGGAGCAGUAAACUGUCAAGCGCGGCUCGAGAAGGGAGGCGGUCGGGCCAAUAGCCCUUGCCGAGACCAAUUUUCUUUAUUUACUUUUAUUUAGGAGGGUAUAUUAAUGUUUACUUAAACACCUAAAUUCAUAUGUUAAACUUUUUAUCCCAUCAAAAGUUGUAAGGAACUAUUAAGGUUCUUUAUGUGUGACCAUAAAUUUGUAAAUAAUAUUCCAAGGCUAAACAAUGACUUAUUUGUCAAUUUUCGGAACUGCGUCUCACUUUGGCAAUAGCCCCUCCCGAAAAGUGAUUCUGGAGCCGCCAUUGUUACCUACUGAUAUACGGGUAACUGCUACCCUGAAGCUGGCGAAAGGCCUUGAAAGCCUGCGAUCCUUAUUGUAGCUGGCCGUAUCGCGAAUAGAGGCAGCGCCGCGGCAGGAUAGUCCCGCGAGCAGGCGGGAUCAGACCUGCGCGGCAGCUGGCGCGCACUCGCACGCACGCCUCGUCAGGUGCGACUACGCCCAGAUAGUGGCGCGCGCGGGGACAGACGGCGCUGUUGUCGGGCACGCGGGGCAUGUCCGUUCCCCACAACAACCCGCGCAGCGCCGUCCCAGUCGCCCUCCCCCCGGGUCUUCGUCAGCAUGUUCAACAAGCUGCGCAGGAAGAAGAAGAGGCGCCAGCACGAGCCAGAAACCAGUGCGAGUUCAUCUUCAAGCACCAAACAUCUUUGGCUGCCGUCGAAAGUACAAGGAAUCGUCUACUCUCUGCGAGCCCAGCAGAAGGAGUGGCGUACCAAUCGAUCACUUGUUGCUCGCUGGAGCCGGUACUCUCCGAGCCCCUUGCGCCACCUCAAAAAACUUUUCUCCACCAGCUCAGAACCAAACCUUAGUGACUCAGAUGGCACGCAGAGAUUAUCAGAAGAUGAAUGGGAUGCAGGGGCUGUGCACCGAGAAGACUCUAGUAAAGAUUUGGAGGAAAUAGAAAGUUUUGAAAGGCUGAAAAGCUCAACCGAAGAAAUUGGUUCUAGUUACCAUGACCAGGAGGGUUGUUUGGAAGAAGGGUUUCAUUGGGUCGACAGCGACACUUCUAUGAAGCUCAAGGAGCCUAACAAACAUUAUUAUGUUCUGACGCCAGGAAUCGCGCAGCAGAGCGACUUGUCCAGUGGGGAGCUUACUCUUCAGUUACGUCACGAUGAGGGCGAGAGUGACACUUCAUCCACAAUGAUACACAAGGCUCAAGAACCCCUCAAGGUAAAUGACGAAUCUCUUUUCCAAGAAUCGGUCGAUAACUUUGUGGGCAGCACCAAAAUACCACUAUCUCUAUACAAAACCAAAAUACCAGAAGAAAAAUGUGUUCCAUGUCUGGAUGGUGAAGCCAGUUACACGUCUGUUGUGAAUGAUAACAUGCCUAUAGUUGGAAGCUCGGAAAAGAACUUUGAAAUCCAGAGACGCCCGUUCCAGCACGAGGGCCGUCUUCCGGAAACUAAGGCCAACGCGGCAUGCAGCGAUGGUGUGCGCGAUCUGUCGGCACCGCCGCAGUACGGCAUGGUGGCACCCAGCAUCGUGCUUCAACAGCCAGAGCAGUUGACUAUUCUGGAGCUGUCGCCAGCGAGACCCGGCCUCAGCAGGCUGCACUUGAAGGCAGACGUGACUGACGGCAGUGCUAGGAAGUCACCUGUCACUGUACAGGAGUGGGUAGACUCGCUGCCACUUCAGCUGCAGAGGGGGGAGGAGGACAGUGAGGAACCACACCAGCAAGAGCCGGACGAGCACCUCGACUUGGGGCUCGGCGCUGAAGCUGGUCUGUUGUUUGCUGUCUGCCCAGAAGUUGAAGUCAGCAGUGCGGACCAUGGCAGUGCGUGCAAGAAGGCGAAGCACAGAGAAGGGUUCGUGCGGGAAGCUUCGCUGCAGUCGGACGUCACGUCGCACACGGGCUCCAGCAUGGAGUCGUACCUGGAGUCCCGUCGCGCCGACCCGGAGGAGGUGCUGCUGGGCCUGGGGUUUGGCGGCUCCGCAGGGGGCGUGCGCUCGGAGGUGUCUCGCAUCCCGCGCCGCUUCUUGCAGCCCUCGCAGGUGAAAGGAGUUGCUGUUGAUGACUUUCUCCAUUACCAGCAGGAUUUAAUAGAGAAAUUUGAAACUGGAUUCUCUGGUUAUCGAGGUUUAGUUGGUCCGUCUCAGACGCCGUCCGUGAUAGUGGCCAAGAUCAUGGAGAAGUUGCGAGAUCACGAGCGAGAGAGCAGCUGCCGCAGCUCCGUGGCUUCCCACCUGAGCACCAGCACGCCGGCCAGUGUUCCGCCCCCACCGCCUCCCCCACCGGCAGAGCUCAAGAAGUUCUCGCACAUGGCCCGCAAAGUAAUGAAACGCACCAACGUCACCCGCGCCCUCAGCGUGCUCAGCCCGGCCAACCGCGAGUUCCUCGACAGCCAGGGCAGUAAGUCGCCGGAGGUGCCUCGCAAGAGGAUGAUCAUUGGACAGCGCUCCUUCACCUUCAGUGGUGACGGGGACCUCAUAGAAGUUGAGUCCCGUCCCUCAUCCCCGUCGCACGAACCCUCUCCGAAGCAGGCGCACGGGCCGGCCAAGCGACUCGUCCACAAGGACUCCGUGCUGUCCUUGGCGACAAGCGCGAGCAUGACUAGUAUUGACAGCGACAGCGACACGGAUGACAGGAGCAGCGAGUACGAGAUGCGUAACAGGAUCUCGAGACCGCCUCCCCCCACAUCGCCAUGUUGUGAUGUUGGGCCCACGCUUCCUACCUCCACUUCCACUUCGUUGCCGGCCAACCAUCGGCAGAGAAUUCUUGACAAGAGGAUGUCGUCCACUAGUCUAAGCAGCUGGGAAAUGGAAACCUCUGCACACUCAACUGAGCGGUCAAAUCGACUUUUAGAUGCUUCGGGGCCAAGUGACGGAAAUGUGGAAGGUUCGAAAUCCCAGCCUAAUUCUAAUGCCCUCAGCUUUUUACGUACCAAGUGCGAAUCGAUUGAUGAAGACGUAAACAUGGAAGUAAUUUCAAAUUCCCACAAUUCAUUAAAUAGUUCGAGUAUCGUGGAAAAAGUUGAAUCUACGUCCGAUGUGGAACUUGGAAUGGAGGCAAGUGAAGAAUUGUGUGUCAUACCAAUUUGUCCUUCAGAUGAAGCUGCGUUGCCACCUUUUUUCACCUCAGUGCAGCAGCAUCAGACACCAACGUGCCUUGUUCGCGAUCAGGUGUGCAUGUUGCAUCGCGACAGGUCAUCGCGGAGAGGCAGCUUGAAGAGGCAGCAGCACAUUGUGGAAGAUGACGACAUAGACAAAACAGAAGAGGGGAUCGAAGACUCUGCUUCAACGCUAAUGCCCAUUGCACCAUUCGCGGUGCAGAAUAAUGAAAAUUUGCUUCAGCUGGUACCAGACACCAGGGGUGACUCCUUUGAAAUGGAAGAGAUUCUCCCACUGGAUGAAGAAAAGGAGCUUUUUAACCUCACAAGAGCCCGCUCCGACAGCAGCGGCUUCCUUGAGGGAGACGUAACGGAGAACAUCUCCUCUAAUAACUGUCCAAGCAACAACAACAACAACAACAACAACAACAACAACAACAACAACAACAACAACAACAACAACAAUACUGUCAUCACAGAUGAUGCUCUGGGCACAUCGGAGAGUUGUCACACCACUACAGAGUCCGUAAGGGAGGUGGUAGCUGACCACGAGGAUGCAUGUGUGCAAAACCCCGCCGCCAGGUUGCCCAGCCAGCAUGCAGAAGUUGUGGAUACCAGCUGUGAUUCAGGAAGCAGCGCCGUGCCCGCGGAAGGCUGCGACGUGUGGUCGAUGCUCGGGGUGUGGGGCAGCGACAGGUACGUGAAGCGGCUCAGCCUGCCGGUGGUGUGCGUGCACGACGAGCUGGGGAACGUGAGGUCGUGGAGGUCGUGCGCCAGCGACGACGGCAGUGCCGUGACUCGCACCGUGAGGAGGGUCCGGUCCGCCCCGCAGAGCCUGUGCGACGCCACCGUCCUCCAGGCGUGCUGCAGCUUCGGCAAUAUGUUCAGCUUCUGCAGUGACGAGAGUGUGAUUCACGUCGGCGCGAGGAAGGGCGGGGCCAGGCCGUGUGCAUGCCGUCGCGGCUCUGGCUCCAGCAGUCGCAGGCACUCGGCGAGUUUCGACAAUCUGAGCGUGCAGCGUUGUGGCCACCACGGAGCAAGACACUGUUUUCAGGAGGGCAAGUCGCGCAACUUGCAGCAAGCAGAUUCUUCCAAGUGUGCCGCCAAUAAUCUUCAGGAGCUUAUUCAUGAACUCACUGCCAGGGGCUUGGAGGUUGGUAAAUUCUUCGACACUCAUAAUGCAUGCCAUUCUGAAUCUCAGCAGGCCCACCUGCACGCCAGCACGUUGCGGCUGGCGGUGGAGGCCUACAAGAGGCAGCUGGGCGCGACGCCCGAGGAGCGGCCAGGCGGCUCCCAGGAGUGCCCGGAGGCCCAGCAGGAGCUGCAAGUGACACGUGGCAUCUGCGGCCGCAUCACGGGCGAGCUGCGCCACAUCGCUGACCUGCUGGAGGAGGAGCCCACCGUCCGGAUGGCAAACGUCACUUGUCAGAUGACGGAACUGUUGCGGGAGCAGACUCGGCUGUACGAGCAGUUGACAUUGUGCGGCAGCGGUACAAGCUCGGUGCUGCCUCCGGAUGUAGUGUCCCUCCAUACCUCACUUGCGCCUCAAGCAGAUGUUUCGCGGUCAGACCGCUGCUGCUGUAGCAAACAGAUUAUAAGCGUGGUUAGAGAAGAACAUGGCCGCUUGGAACAGCUCAUAAAAAAGAACACAGACGAGUUGGCGGAGAUCCGGCAUUUACUCUGUGAACUUCUGUCCAAGAACAGUCAUUUUUAGCUGCAGAACAGUGAAACAUUUCAGUGAGCUAUUUUGUGCUAACUGUUAAGAGAUCUUAGAAACUUUUGUGAUACCAAAAAUUAUUUCCUUUCAGGGUUAUAUGUUGAGGUGUUGUUAAUCAUCUAAACAGUCGUCUUGAAAUAAUUUGAGCGUGUGGUAAAUAUUAUACUUUGAACAAACUGUAAACUCAGACGAUGUAAGAGUGCCAUAAGGUGGGAUGAAGCAUGAGAGUGCUCUCAAAUUCAGCAGGAAUAGAGACGAGUUAGUCAUUUCCUGUAUUAAGAUAACUAUUAUGUUGUUAGUACUGUUUACAGUAAGUGUCCAAUGUGAGAGCUUUUUAUUAAAAUGUGUACUAAGGAACGGAACAAAUUUUCUCACAAAAAAUUUUAUGUUAGCUUGUUUCUCUGUUUCUUCACUGUAUAUAUUCUGACUUAUGCCACUUAAUUUUUGCUUAGUUCAGAGUAGGUUAAAAAUUAACACAAUUAUCAAUUAUCUCAUUCAAUGAUUUUAGCAUGGCACUUAAUAUAUUUUAUUGUUUUGUUUUAUUGUUUUGUCUACAUUUAGAUUUUGUGUGUUGGUUUGUGCUUAUUUCUUAAAAAAUUAAUUUUAGGGAAAUGAAUCAAAAAUUUGUAAUUUACAUAGCACCAUAUAAGUUUAAAAAAAAGUUCCUUUAAGAAACACCAUGUGCCUUUAUGUAGAAUUGUUAUGUAUACUUUUUUUUUCUAAAAGGUAUUUAUGUAUUGUUAAUUGUUCAGUGUGUGGAAUGGAAUAUAUAGUAUUUCCAGAAAUGUCAUCCAGCCUUUUACAUGAAAUCGCAACUUGUUUUACAGUGUACUUAUUGUUUUCUAAUUGUCACCGACUAUUAGGCUGUGCCAUCCGUGACUUAUACAUGGGAGAACCCUGAUUAUCUGUUUAAAAAAAAAACCUAAAGUAAUGAUGAUGAGAGAGCCGGUAUCUCUGUAUGCUGUAUGGUAUGUUCCAAGUGUCGAAAAAUAUUCUGCAGUUGUUACAUUAAUCUGUUUAACAUGGGGUGUUGACGGCCGUACAGUUGCCUUGCUGGCUUCACGCCAGAGAAAAACCAGAUUCAUUCUUUGAAGUUUUAAAGUCGAGGCUUUCACAUGUACCAGUGUGUGGGAAGCAUGGCAGACAUUGCAGAUAUCAGGUGGGAUUGCCAAGGACUCGUGUUUUUGCCAUUUCUGCAUUGUGUUUCUAUGUUAGAAAUUUGUUUUGGUUUUGUUUUUUUCUAGAGACAUUUCACUCAGGUACAGUGACAAAUUUUACAAAUGUUGCCCUCCAAGCAAUGUAUAUGUACUAAUUGUAGGUAAUUGGGUUCGUGAAAGUGGCACACUAUCCAAUUUUGUGCUUUUCAAAAGUGUAGUUGAGAAUAAGGAAAUUUGAAUGCUAGUGUUAAAAUAAUAUAAGCUGCAUGCAUUUUUAGGCAUCCAUUAAAAAUUUAGUUUUUUGAUUUUAAUCAUGUACUUUUAAUUGCUUGAUUUUCAUAGUAUUUUUAUUUUUGUGGUUUUGAUUUUUCACUCUCAGGAAAUGUUGAGGGAUUAAUGCCAGGGGGCUGACACUAGACUAUCUCUUUUAUUUGAAUUUGGUCCCUGUGCUGUUACCAACCUCGAAAUAAAGCACCAACCAGUAUGAUUUGAACGUAUGCUUUGUAUUCAAGCAAUAAUAAUUUUUUUCGAUGACCUAAAAAUUGUUAUUUUGUUGAAUGUUUAUAAAGCUAUUUAAUUUUAGUGUUUCAAAAUUGUCACCUUUAUUGUGUACUUAUAUAAAACUAUUCAAAAGGGUGGUGACACUUGAUUUUGUUUUUUGGCAGAUGUUUAAAGUCUCACAUGCUUGUGUAUAUUUCAGAUUUUUUGUUAGAUAUCUUGAAAAUUUUAAUUGAAUUUGUUUCGAAAAUGGGACAUUAAAAAUGUUGGGCGAGUUACAAACAAAAGCCUCCCCAAAACAAAAGACUGUUGAGAAAAAACUAGCUUAUGUAGUAAAAAAAUCAACAAAUAUGUUGCCCUGCUUGGCCGUAAAAAUAAUUUUUUUAACAUGUAGAUAGAUAAUGUAUUUUUACAAAAGGAAGACAUUAAACAUUGAACAUGAAAAUAUUAGUUAUGGUAUUUAGUAUGCAGGAUAUGUUAAAAAUGUUCCUUUUCUUACAUAUUAUUUGAUGGGUUUUUGUUUCCCAUCUUUAUUGACAGGUUGGUAUGUAUAUGGAGACUACGACCCACCUACCACCCCCAAAAGAGACAAUGCAAUAAGGAAUGUCUCUAUUUCUAUUUACUUACUCUGUGGUUAAAGCUGUUGUUGAUUGGCCUAGGAUUAAAUAUUUGAGCAUUUAAAUUCCUGUAUGUUUUCAAACAAAUACUAAAAUUAUUAUAUUGUAGCUUAUUAGAAAAACAUACCCUUAUUAACAAAAUUUUUUGCUGCUAAGCAUGAUACUAGAAUUUUAAUUACAUAAGCAAAAAAAUGUUUACGGCUUACAUUAAAGUAAACAGAAAAAAAAUUAUUUUUAUAGAAAAAAACAUAAAAUUGUGGUGAAGCUGUAGUUACAACCAAGUUAGUUAGUAAACAAGUAUGUUUAAGGUAUUAAAUACCAUUUUUUUUUUUUUUUCACUAACAUUAAAUAAUUUGUAAAUCCACUGCUAACUAAUGAAUAUUUUGUUGGUUCUUUUUUUUCUGUUGAGAUAUGAUAUUUUUAGUUUUUCAGAUAUGAAUUGCAUUUAAUUCUAUUUACACUUGUAGGUAAAUUCUCAGCUGUUUGGAUUACGUCUUUACUUAUAUAGUCUACAUAAUUUUUAUCUGUUGGAAAGACUUCUGACCCUUGCAGUAUUAAAAUCAAUUUAAGUACACUUUCAAAAGGAAAAGCAUAGUUAUUAUAAAGAUGCUGUUGACAGAACAUGUAUCAUUUCAAACUUUUGUUUCUAUGAAUAAGACAAUAAGUAAACGUACUUAAUCGUAUCCAUAUGUGCAUUCCUGAAAUUAAAUCUUUUUAUAGAGACUGUGGAUUGGGCUUGGGUAGGGGAAGGAGUUGGUGAAGCCUUUUUAGUGAAUAAUUUAUUUGGAACAAGCUUAUCAUUUAAUUACAUAUUUAUCUUACUCCUCACCAUAAAACUUUUAAAUACAAAUAAACACCAUAAUAUCCAUGAAAAAACAGAAAAUAAAACAUUCCAGAGAUAAGUCAUACCAAACAAGUAUUAAAAAAAACUAUCAAAGGUAUAAUUCCAAACAAAAACUUUGCUACUAGUUGUUCUUUAAUGUACAAUUAGCUUGGACACAAAAAAAAAGAUAAAUUUUUAAUUUGUUAUUGUUAUUUAUAUGUGAAGAGAAUGUAUUUGGAAAGAAGAAACAGUAGAAAGGUAUUGAGACUAAAAAUGCCAUGUUUUGACUGGGAAUUUUUGGUAACUUGAUUAAAAAUAUUUUCAAUUUAUAUUUCGUUAAGUUCACUCUUUUUGUGAAUAAAUAUUUGUUACCUGAGAAAAGAAGUAUGUACAAUAACACAGGCCAACAGAGAUAUGGUGCCGGGGUAUUUGGAGCUGAUUUAAUAUGAAUUUGGUACCCUGAAUUAAAAUAUGGCAUUAGUUUUUGUUUAGGAGAUCAAAUUUCUAAGAUACUAUGUUUUAGUGAAAUGUACGUUUUACGUUAUUUUAGGUUAAAUUCAUGAAUCAAAUCUAAAAAUUUAAACAUGAAAUUAUUAUUAUAUAUACAAAGAUAGUACCAAGUCAUCAAUGGAAUCAAGUAGUCACUCAACACUUCGGAAGCUUCUUUUUCGUGAUCUUUCUUGAUAGCAGUCCAUAAUAUUAAUAUCAAUGAAAUCUUUCAUCUUGCUCCUCACUGCUGUCUCCUAAAUUUUCAGGAAAACAGUCCAGGUGGCUGUACAAAUAUUGCACCUAAAUACUCUUGUUGCACCCAAGGGAUUUGAACUUUUUAAGCAUAUUGUUUACCAUUUCAACAUGGUUUUCUGCUUUUCGUUGGCCCAUGGAAUUUACGAAAACUUGAACCUUAAUGAAUUUUAUUAUUUCUGGGCCGUUAAAUAUUCCUACUUUAAUUUUUUACUUACUCAAGUGAGGCAUUUUUCCCCUAUAAAUACAAAGCAUGAUCCGUCCUUAUCAAGAGCCUUUACAAACUGCUUCAUAAGGCCCAUCUUGAUAUGUAGUUCAACUAAAGGUUUGUUAAUAACUUUUUUUUUAUAACGACCGUGUCUUCUCUCUUACGUCACUCUUGUCUAACCCAGUGGUGUGUUUUGUCUCUGCUAUCCCAGAGGCACAAGAAACGAGGAUAUUUGAUGUGGUUACUUUGCUGUCCGAGGAGAAAGUUUACCAUUUUUAAGUCUGCACAAAUCACCAUUUUAUGUUCACGAUACCUUAUCUCUCCAAGACCAAAGCUAUGGUUCUAUGUGUUUUUUUCAUUGUCGUUGAGUGAGCAAUUGGUAUUGAACCAUAUUUGUUCCCAUUGUGUAGAAGAACACAUUUUAAGCUUCGCUUUGAGCUAUCAUUAAAUAGGUGCCAAACUGGAAAAUAUUUAGAAGACUCAUUCUUCCCAGGAGUCCUCUAAUAUUGUUACAAAAUACAAGAUUUUCUUCUCGAGAAAAAUGGUAGCAGACCCUUUUUUCUUGUACAGUAAAAAAGUAAUUUUUUUCCUUCAACCUGGAAGCCAGUAAUUCAGAAGAUUAUUUUGGCAGGUUUAAGAUAUCUGACAAGAUCAUUAACUCAACCUUGUUGAAACAUUGAGGAAUUGUUGACAUUCUGUCAUAAUCACUGUCACCUUCAUUAGUAUCAGAAGGGUGGUUAUAGGGACAACACUCAUCCUCAGAUUCUGGGAGCUGGUGAAAUGCUAGGAUCAGUACUUCCUCCGAGUGAGGGACCGGGCGUCUUGCAGAGAAUAAAUCAGGAUAAGUCCACUUGCUACAGUUGUUUUCAGUAAUAUUUACUAGACAGAAAUAACAGUCAUUGAUGUGGUUUUUGGGUGCUCUUCAGACUAUCAGUACACUGAAUUUCAAACUUUUUCUUUUCCCGCUAUUCCACUGGUGUAAAUGUUUUGUAGAAGUUUUACAAACCUGAUGUGGUACCCACGAUUUAUCCUUAUCACAGAGUUUAACACCAAAGUAUCCAUGAGAAGCUCUCUUUACAAGGUCACAAACAGUCUUUCCGUUAUCUUUUCAUGUGUAUUCUCCGCAUACAUAGCAAAACACAUCAGGAAGUUUUACAGAAUUUAUUUUACUGGAACUCAGUUUUUUUAUCAAUUUUGAUCUAUCCUGCAUGGCUAAAACUCACAAACUGACCUUUAAUUUAGUUGAAGCUUUGAAGUGAAGGAUGGGAUUCCCAACUUGGGGUAUCCCAGUGAUGAAGUGGUGUGAGUCAAGCAGGCAGUUUUACUUCUUUUUUCACACUUGUGCCGGCAGCAAGAAGACUUUAUGAGUGUGACGUCAUCACCAAACAAGAAUCGUCCCUCCUUCCUCUCCUUCUGAUAGAAAAAAAAAACUAAUUUCAUAUUUAGAUUCAGCACCUCAAAUAUAGCUAAAAUCCGUUCCAAAAUCCUAGGCAUCAAAAAAAAAAAAAUUCUUGUUGGCUUGUUUAAUUAAUCAUUUUGUAUUGUGCACUAAUGGAUUAUUGAAGUUCCUCCAUAAGAAUGUAAAUUGUUGUGGCUGUGUGUAGAAAAAAGUAUAAAACCUGGAGAUAUAGUAUGUGUAAUAAUCAAACUGUUCCAUAGAUUUAGAUCUGAACUUGUGUUCAUGAAGACAGUGUGUUAGUCAUUUGAAAGAUGGACAAGGUCGAUAGAAGUGUUAUUUAUUGGAAUGUUAGAGUAGGCUUAUCUGUAAAUUAUUUGGUUGUCUGCCUUAAAAUGUACUUUAACCAGAAGUGUAUCAUACUGAAAGAGAUUUUUAUGUACAACUGAAUUUGAAUACCACCUCUAUUGCUUAACACACCACUUAAAUAUUUUACUAUUGCUAAUUUGAGCAUUCCACAUGUUCAACUUUUCCAAGCCAAUUUUAGUAUUACUAUCGUUUUACUUAGAUUUCAGGUACAAGAGCUCUAGAUCUCUGCGUGUUUCAAUUACGCAUGUGUCACUGCAUAUGCUAAAACUUGUAUGUAAAUUUUGGUAGGUUUUCAGGAAUUUGGAAACCCCCAAUUUUAAACCAACUCUUACUUAGGAAACAAUAAUAAAUUGCUUUAUUUUUCAAUAUCUUACAAUGCACAGUAAGUUAUUGACACAUGUUUACGAAUUGUAGUGCAGGAAAUGCUAGCAGGCUUUUUGUAUAAUUACCAAACAUUGUUACACUAGGUUUUUUGUCUGCAGUGGCACAUAGAAGUUUGUGUGCAAGUGAGGACUCAGAGACUUUUCUGCAGGUGAUUUAUUUGAGAAAUUAUAACUUAUAAGACAUGCAAAGUGAUUUAUGAUUGUUAAGCUGUGAUGUGAAUAAAAGUUUUAUAUUUUAGAUGAUUCUAUGUCUGUUACUGUGUGUGUAGCAAUUAUUCCCAAUGGAAAUGAGCAAUAAAAAGAAUUUACAACAUUAA